CGGCAACACUGUGUUUCCAAUAUGGCGGCUUUUCGAGUUUGCGUUUCCGAGCAUUUGUGUAUGUUGGGAGGGAGGUAGAUUCAGUAAUUCCCAAAAUGCGAUGUUCAUUUGGAAUGUAAUUGAUUUUAUAUUGCUUAAUGAGGAGGCAAUACCACAUGCUUGCUCUGCGUGCGAAGCAACUUGACUGGUGCGUGGUAUUUUUUUAGAGCAAUGCUAUAUGCACUACGUAGUGCGGCUGCGGCUGCGGCUUUAUGUACUGCAACGGAAAGCGCGCGCGGUAGCAGAACAUGGUCGACGAUUAUUAUAGUUCUAUUUGGUCUCGCGAUCCCUACAAUGAUAAGGAAGUUUCUGUGCAUUAUUGCACCGUUUCUCAGAGGCACUACCUCAACUGAGUGUGUGAGCUCAGUAGCGACGCAGCAUCGGAGCACGAUGGUGGAAAGGUUCAGGCUCGAAGGCUUGCCUGGGAAAUUUAACGACGUCAUUUUAAAAGCGCAUAACAACCUCGAAAAUGUGAGCCAGUUGAAGCAGGUUGUCGUUUUCUUCGGAGGCGAUACUCAGGAUUUCCCGGAAGCCAUGGAACUUCACCGCGACAACAGGCGUUAUGCGAAGUGGAACCUGGAGUACAUGGCAGACCUCAUGUUCCAGCAUUUUCCCCAGAGCCACUGCAUCGUGAUCAGGGCCAACCGACUGCAGUUCCGCACGUUCAGCUGCUAUGACAAUUUUGUCGAGAGCAGCGACAUCGGAGCCCCGACCCACGAGUUUAGCGUCGCUGCCCUGGAACACUUGCAGAAGCUCAUCGCAAGCCUCGCAGCCGAGAUCGAGAAGAGGACCUCUCCGCGGCGGCACGUCCUGUCCGCGUCGCUGUUACAGCCGCCGCUCGUCCUGGUGGGAUUCAGCAAGGGAGCUGUUGUCCUCAAUCAGUUUCUAUACUCUUUCAAGGCCUUAGAACAUACCCCCGACGAUGACCUGUCAGCAUUUGUCAGUAGGGUAGCCAAUAUGGUAUGGUUAGAUGGCGGCCACUCGGGCGGCUCCAAUACGUGGGUGACAAAGGAAGUGAUUCUCAAGUGCUUGCUGCAGCUGGACAUUAAAGUGGAUAUUCACGUCACUCCCUACCAAAUCCGCUGCGCGUCAAGACCGUGGAUCGGCAAGGAAGAGAAACUCUUCUACGACACUCUGAAACGCCUCGGGGUCGAUGUGAGGCGUACGGUUCAUUACGACGAUGCUACGCCGUGCAUCGAGCUUCAUUUCCAGUUGCUCGAAGACUUCAUGCCCCUUUCGCCCCAGCCGCCACAAUCUUGAACCGUGCUGUGCCGCACAACGAUUUCAGUGAUGUGACUGUCAUGGCUUCACCGCCAUUUUUUGCCCAAAGACCUGAACAACACUCUGCCAAAGAAGUUGCGAAUAAAUUAAUAGGUGUGUAAUGCUG